CAGGUUCGCCUCGCCGGCCUAACCCGUAGCGAGGCUGGCCUCUUCCCUGCAGCCUUUCGUGUCUGCCUCUGCCCUGGGCUUAACGCCGCGGUGAGGGAACUCUUGGGCAAGAGAAACAACAGAACUAUAGCAAUGCUGUUAAUACCCGGCGGUUAAGAGCACAGAGGUUUCCAAACUUUGCUUAGAGCCGCCUGGGAACGUUCACAAUCCGGAUGUCCAGCUUACACCUUAUACCAAUUAAACCAGCAUGCCUGGAGAUGGCGUUUUAAAGCUCUCCAUGUGAUUCCAGUGUGCAGUCAAGUCUGGGAGCCACAGGCCUGGACUCCGGCGUCAGGUUGCCUAGGUCCUCAUCCUGACUCUACCGCUUAGCCAGACGUGUGUCUGCAAGUUUCUGCAAGAAGCUGAAGACUUUAAGUGACAAGUCAAGAGAAGCAAAAGUAAAAAGCAAACCCAGGACCGUUUCAUAUUUGCCAAAGUACUCUGCUGGACUGGAAUUACUUAGCAGGUAUGAGGAUACAUGGGCUGCACUUCACAGAAGAGCCAAGGAAUGUGCAAGUGCUGGAGAGCUGGUGGACAGUGAGGUGGUCAUGCUUUCGGCACACUGGGAGAAGAAGAGGACGAGCCUCAUAGAGCUGCAGGAGCAGCUGCAGCAGCUCCCAGCUUUAAUGGCAGACUUAGAAUCCAUGACAGCAAGUCUGACUCAUUUAGAGGCUAGUUUUGAGGAAGUAGAAAAUCACCUGCUGCAUCUGGAAGAUCUUUGUGGGCAGUGUGAAUUAGAAAGAUGCAAACACAUGCAGUCCCAGCAACUGGAGAAUUACAAGAAAAAUAAGAGGAAGGAACUUGAAACGUUCAAAGCUGGACUGGACGCAGAGCACGCCCAGAAGGUCCUGGAAAUGGAGCACACCCAGCAAAUGAAGCUGAAGGAGCGGCAGAAGUUUUUUGAGGAAGCCUUCCAGCAGGACAUGGAACAGUAUCUUUCCACCGGGUACCUGCAGAUCGCGGAGAGGCGGGAGCCCAUAGGCAGCAUGUCAUCCAUGGAAGUGAACGUGGACAUGCUGGAGCAGAUGGACCUCAUGGACAUAUCCGACCAGGAGGCCCUGGACGUCUUCUUGAAUUCAGGCGGAGAAGAUAAUGCUGCCCUGUCCCCUGUCUUAGGGCCGGAAUCCAAUACUUGUCAGAAUGAAAUUAUGCUUCAGGUUCCAAAUCCCUCAGAAUUACGAGCCAAGCCACCUUCCUCAUCCUCGCCAUGCACUGACUCGGCCACCCAGGACCCCAGCGAAGGCGGGGAGUCCCCCCUUGUUCAGUCCGAUGAGGAGGAGGUCCAGGUGGACACCGCCCUGGCCACUUUACACACCGACAGAGAGGCCACUCCAGAUGUGAGUGAUGACAGCGACUCUUAAAUAGGGCAUUCACGUUCUCUGACUACGUUCAAAUCAGGUUUCAGCUGUGCACAGAAUUCCACCUGUGAAGUCAGGUGGUUUUAUGGAGGUUCUUGAUUUUUUUUAUACAAUUGCCAAUAACGUGUGAGAAGCUGACUGAGGAGCUAACAAUAAAGUUUUGAGGACUUGAAAC